AUGAAUAAUUUUCCUUUACAAUUUUUUAUUAGAAGUACUCUUUAUUACUUGCAAAAUCUACUGAUUAUAUUUAAUUUACAAAUCAAAUAUAUUAUCAUAUUUCUGUGCUAAUUACCACUGCAAUUAUUUAUUUAUUGGUUUAUUAUUUUUAAUGAAUUAAUUAAAUCUUUUUUGAAAAAAACACAAUCUAAAAUUAUUUUAAUCAACUAAUUUAAAAUUACUAUUUUAAUUUUUGGUUCUAACAAAACAUAAAUUGAAAAAAUAAAAUUAUAAUUUUUAAAAUCUGUAAUUUUUUUCUAUUUAUUUUUGUGUCAAAAUAAUAUAUCUAAGUUUCUCAAAUAGUUAAUUUUUUGCUAUUUAACUCUUCUUCUUACUGACUAAAUGAUUUAAUUUAAACUUUUUGAAAAAAAUUUUCAAAUAAAAAGAUAAAAUAAAAAUAUAAAAUAGAAAAUUGAUAAAAUUAUUUUAACGUAUUUGGUAAUUGGUAUUUUAAUGAAAAUUUAAUUUUAUUUUUUAAUAAAAUUUCUUUUUAUAUUAAAUUAAAAAAAAAUUGUUUAAAAUUUUAAACUGUUUUUGAUUUUCAUUAGAAAAAUAGCUAAUUUGUUGAUUUUAUAAUUAAAUAAGAUUUAGAUAAUAUAAAGAUAAAUAAAAGGAUACGUGGACAAUUAUUUACGUCAUAAAUUAAAUAUGUUUAGUAAUAAAGAAAUAAAAAAGUUUUCUGUGAAUGAUUAGUUUUUUUAGAAGGAAAUACAAAUCAUGUAGCUAAAUAUUCUCUUGCUUUUCAAGAUUGGUGUGUUUUAAAUAAUGCUAGUAGAAAAAAUCAAUAUCCUAAAUACAUUAGCAUCUUUUAUAUACUUCGGAUAAUAAGUAUCACCUUAAAUACUUACCGAAAAUUAAAAUGGUUAAUUAGUUUGUUCCUUCUUUUUUUUUAAUCUUAAUGAUUAAAAAGAAUUUAAAUAAUUGAAAUGCAUUAAUUAUACAUUAUUGUGA